AUGAGAGGCAUUCUCGGGUUCGCCGUCGCGCUCCUGACGACGGCGGUGUCGCUGGUGUCUGCAGACGAUACGUCUGCAGCGCUCCAGGCCUUGCCCAAGUGUGCGCUUGCUUGCCUCGCUGACGGCAUCACGCAUUCCGCAUGCGCCUCAAACUUGACGGCCGCGUGUAUGUGCACCGAUGAGCCGCUUCAGGAGCAGCUCACGCUUUGUGUCACGGCCAACUGCACCGUCAAGGAGACGCUCGUGGCCAAGAACAUUACAGAUACGUCGUGCGGCGUGCCGGUGCGAGACCGCGGUGCGGCGUACGACACCGCCACGAUCGUCCUGUUCGUGAUAGCGGCCUGUACCGUCGUUUUGCGGCUGGGCUUCAAACUACUGGUCACACGGAGCCUGUCCGCGGACGACUACGCCGUCUUCCUCCUGAUCCUGGUCGUCGUGCCGAGCGUGGUGUUCACACAUUACGGCACAACCCCCAACGGCGUGGGCAGAGACAUCUGGACGCUCACGCCGCAGAAUAUCACCGACUUCCUCUACUACUUUUACUUGAUGGCCAUGUUCUACUUUCUGCAGGUCAUGCUUCUCAAGCUCUGCUUGCUGCUCUUCUAUCUGCGCAUCUUCCCGAGCCAGUCGGUGCGGCGCUUGCUCUGGGGUACCAUCGUCUUGGACGUGGUUUUUGGCGUCGUCUUCUUCUUCCUCGCCAUCUUCCAGUGCUCGCCCAUCAGCUACUUCUGGACCAACUGGGACGGCGAGCAUGAGGGAAAAUGCCUAAACAGCAAUGCGAUCGCGUGGGCAAACGCCGCCAUCAGCAUUGCGCUCGACCUCUGGAUGUUGGCCAUCCCCUUGGCCCAGCUCAAGACGCUGAAUCUGCACUGGAAGAAGAAGAUUGGUGUGGGCCUCAUGUUUUGUGUCGGCACCUUCGUUACGGUAGUGUCGAUCCUCCGUCUCCAGGCCCUGGUCACCUUCGGCAAGUCGAACAAUGCGACGUGGGACAACUUCCCAGUCUCGCUCUGGUCGACGGUCGAGAUCAGCGUCGGCAUCAUGUGCACGUGCAUGCCGACCCUGCGCCUGCUGCUGGUCCGGCUGUUCCCGGUUCUAGGAGGCGGCACCAAGAUGGGAAACGGUUACUAUUUCUCCGGUGGCGGCCCGGCGGCCUCGGGCAAGGUGCGCAGCAGCCGGAACCGGGGUCUGCGAGAUUCUUCCUCCCGUUCGAAACACGCAAGCACACAUCCCGGCAGCAGCGUGGAUACAGUCCCGGUGAAACCUACGGGAAUCAUGCGCCAGCAGACGUUCGCGGUGCAAUUCCUCUCAGAGGAUGGGCGCAAAAGCAUCCGCACCCGCUUUGCCGCCAACAACGAUUUCACCCGAAGGGAACGCUUCACUCUGUCGCUGUAUACCGCGUCGCUGUUCCUGCGCGUCAGCCAGAUUCGCUGGGCCCGCCGUCUGCGACACUUCACCUUCCUCGCCUCGCUCCAUGAGGUGUCGCCGCUGCUCCUGCGCCGUGCUUCCCCACCAGAUAAGCCCACGGCGAAGGACUCGGGCCACUUGUCUCGUUUGGACCGCUGAGUGCAAAGGAGCCCGCAACCGGGGGGGCAAGCAAGGAUGGGGCGAUACCAGCUAUAAGUUGAGCUCUGCUCCCGAGCUCGUUUCCUCUGCUUGCCUCCCUCCCCAGCCCUCCUCGACAUCGGUACCGCAAGUGCGUUGAGACAAGGCGGUCCGUCCUGCGUCCUACGAGUUGGCUUUGUCCCCCAGCGCCCCGACCAGCAUUCGGCCGAGAAAUCUGCCAGAUUUGAACGACAUCUGACGCGGCGCGAUGGCCUCUAUUGCAGUGAGUGAGCCUCCCGUCCACCGAGACGGAGCGGCCCUCGAGGCCAUAUCCGAUGCUGUCGACACGGUCAACAUCUUGAGGGCCUCGUCCCUCGUGGACGGGACAGCGUUUGACGCCGAAUCGCGCUUCGACGCCGAGAAAGACAAGGCAGCGUUUCGACGAUACGCCGAUGCGUGCGAGAGGGUCAAGAACUUCUACGCCGAGCACCAUGCCAAGCAGACAGUGGCUUACAACCUGGCGGCACGCGAGCGUUUCUAUUCGCCCUCGCGUCCACGGCUCGAGAUGACCAUCUGGGAGGCCAUAGAAAAGCUCAACACACUGAUCGACGACAGCGAC